AUGCCUAGACAAAAUCCAUUUCUACGACGUGCAUCAUCUCCUGGAGAUAUAAAUACAGAAAUCAACCAUGGCAGUAACAACUUACUAUCUGUUCCACCACCACCUUUACCACAACAACAUCCAGCAAAGCUGACUCAGGCAUCACUUUCUGAUUCUGCAUUAAAAGUGCCUGUGCGACCGUCUACGUUCAGGAACACACAGUCUCGUAUGAUGAGUAUUCGACCUUCUCGAUUCAUCAAGGCAUCUACACCAACAUCGUCUACUUCAUCCCCUAUUAUUUUAAAUGAUACCAGCGUACACUGCUCUUCUCAAUCAUCUGAAAUGACUUCAUUUAUUCGACUGUUUGAAGCAUUUACUCAAAAGCUGUAUAUUGAGGGAUACGUGAUGCGACACAAUAACACCACCAUGGAGGAAGGCAGCAAACCACGCACCAAAAUGUUUAUGGAAUUGUCAGGUUCUACCUUAACCCUAUGGGAUACUGAAGUACCGGGCUCCAUUGUCAUGCCAACUUACUUUCAGAUUGUAGAUACAACCAUUGUCUACUCCAACCCUAUCGUCAGCGCAGACAGCAAAAAGAAGAAGCAUGUAUUCAGUGUACAGAACAAAAAGACAGCCAUGACAUUUGAAACGUCAGAUGAACCUUCCAUGAUGCGCUGGGUUAGUGCCAUCAGAUUGUCCAGCUUUGAAAAGCAGAAGUUGCACCAGCUGUUCACUCUUAGACUACUCGGUAAUAAUGCAACCAACAACAGUACCAUCAGCAACAUUUCAUCGGCUUCAUUGUCGUCCAGUGGCAGCAACAACGUGGCAGAUGACGUUCCUACAAAAAGCACCUGGCUCCAAGUAAGAGUGCCAGGCACGUCGAUUUGGCAAAAGUAUUGGGUCGUGUUGGUGAAUAGAAAGAGCAAAGAAGAUCAACAUUAUCGCAACAAGCGGUUUGGUAAAAAGACAUCUGUGAACAAUGUAGAGGAGCACAUCUUGCUGUACGAGACAAAAAAGUCAAAAUCGCCCACAUGGACACUCUCUCGCUUGACGCAUGCUUAUGCCGUGUACCCUGAGUCACCUCAGUUGAUUGAAAAGGGCUCCAUGAUUCGUAUUGAAUGCAAAUUGAAUGGUGGUGGUGUCCAGCAAAAGACAUUGGAGAACCUGGACAACAAAGACAAUGUCUGCUUCUGCUGGUUUAUGGCGGAUCACAGUCAGCUGACAAUCCAAUGGCUAUUGACAGUGUAUGAUACAUUUCGUCUGUAUGGUAGACCUGAGCAACUGCUCGCAGAUCCAAGUAACCAGAAGGCCCUCAACUUUGGUGAGCCAGUACAAGAUGUUGGUAAAGUUGUUCAUCCCAAGUUGUUUCUGGAGACGGAUGAAGUUGUCAGUGCCAUGAACGUGCUAUCCAUUCCUCGUCAGGAGAUUGAUGCUAUUUUUACCAACGUUAUUCUCAAGAAGCAAGCAGAGACAUCGAUUGUUAAUGUCGCACGAAGACCCACAGGCACGAGAGCAAACAGCCUUCCCCUGAUUACGGUGAUAUCUGCCACUGAAGACGCACAUGGAGAUGACAAGAUCAAAUCAGCGCUAGGAGAGACCACAGUGAAAUCAGUUGAUGUAGAAGACCAAGCAGCGCCUUUCAAAUUUGCUCGACAAAUAGCUGAUUCAAGUGAUGAGAGUGACGAUGAUGAGGAGGAGGACGAUGGUGAGGAAGACGAAGAGGAUGUAGAUAGUGACGAUGAACCCAUUUGCAAGAAAUCAGCCCAUUCAUUGCCCAGCAGUGCUACGCUCGAAGAGUCAGAAGAGUCUACCACCAAGAAAGUAUUCGCUGAUAGUUUGAUUCCUGAUUUCGAUUUUGGAAAUGGAUUUGAUGUGCCCAAGAAUGUCACAGCAGCAGCCGUUGCAGCAGCCGUUAAUGCCUCGGGUUUGUCACAGACGCUUCCUACCAGAGGCAAAAAUAAGGGUGCUCGUCAUAGCAAUUCAAUGACCAUGUUUAUGGAUUCGUCUUCUUCGAUAUCGCCUUUGGAUGGUAGUCGGCAAGACGAUGAUGUAGGCUUCUCGUUACAUACCCGCAAAGUUUCCAUGCCAGCUACCUCCGGCCAUCACCACCACCAUCAUGGACAGCGAUCGUCUUCUUCAGCAGGCUAUCACUCUACCAAUUCCAGGUCAACGCCAUCCCCAUCACAGCCUCCUGAUUCGUCUUCUUCAGCUUUAUUUGGCGACUUUAGUUUAACAACGGAUUUCAGGAAAUUCUUGGACGAGCCCCUGGAUCAACGAAAAUAUUCCUUACCAGCCAAUGUGAAGUUAUCAUCCAUGGAGUCCAGUCGAUCGACCUUGUCCAGUAAUAACAAUAACAACAACCAUCGAUGGGUAGAUCAUGAAUGGGAAGAAGCGACAGACCACUACGGUGAAAAUGAAGACUAUGACGAUGAAGAGCAGCCCACGCAACAUCCCUACGACGACGACAAUCAAUCCUACGACUCAGAUUUUGAUGGUCCACUCAUCCCCUCAUUAGGCGAUCAUUUUGCACCCCAAAAUAGUCUCUUGGAUACCUACUUAGGAGAGCAAUUGAGCGCAAAGGAACAAAUAGAGUAUGCAAAAGCCACCGGACAGCCAUUGAUACAGGUUUCAACCAAGAAACAAGGAGCUCCUCGAGGAGGUUUAGUGGGCAUGAUUUCGCAGAGAGAGAAGGAUAGAAAAGAAGGCAAUGGUCUAAGAGUAGCAGAACGAGUGAAUCAGCAUCAUGCUCAGCUCGGUCAAGACCGAUUUGAAAGAGAAAAGGAAAGAAGAAUAUUUGAGCAGAGACAGCAUCAGUUCUUAAAGCAUCAGAUGAUGCUCUAUGCAAACGGCUAUGGUAUGCCUCCUCUGCCCAUGAUGCACCCUCAUUCAUUCAUGAGCCCCAUGCCUCCAAUGGGACCUAUGAGCCCUAUGCCGAUGAGCCCAAUGGGUCCAAUGUCACUUAUGGCUCCCAUGAGUCCUAUGGGCCCCAUGCCGCCAAUGAACAUGGCCAUGAUGCAGCAACAGCAGCAGCAGCAGCAGCACCAACAAUACAGCCAGGCUUCUUCUUCGCCCACACCUCCACCACUUUUAUCAUUACCUCAACAGCAUCUCCAUUCACCCCUGAGCAGUGCACCACCUAGUCCACAUACGCCCAGCUAUGGAAAUCACAUUCGACCCAUCUAUGGCCCACCACCACCUGCAUCGCCCAUGGGAUUUUACCAACAACAGCAGCAACAGCAAUAUCAACAAGGUAGACAAAGCCCAAGUUUAUCAGCUCCUUUGAUCGCGCAUAGCAAUAGGCGUGUAUCGAGGCCUUUAUUAGACGAUGUAGACGAACUGAAUGGCAGUAGUGGUGGCAAUAAUAGUAGAAUCAUGUCGCCUGUACUCAGAAAGAGCCCCAUUGUAUCGACUUCUUCGGGAACAAGCAGUGUUCGCAUGUAA